CGGCUCCUCUCAACCCUCCCAUUCUCCAUUUCCCUCCUUGGCAGGGUGUAAUUGAGUCAAGGCAGGAUCAGGUUCCCCGCCUUCCCGUCCAAAAAUCCCGCCAAGGAAGCCCCAGAGCAUAAGAAAAUCCAAAGUGGAGCGAGGGGAAGAAAGAAAGCACUGAGUCAUCCAUCCAGAAGCGGGGGGAGAGCGCAGCCGCCCAGGCAGGAGCAGCAGCCAGCAGUACCUGGAGUCCGCUGCAGAAACCUCGCCCUGCACCGUGCAACAAAGGCAGCCUGCAAGUCAGCGAGGACAUCUGCAAGCCAAAAAAUGUCAUCCCAACAGUACCAGCAGCAACGUCGAAAAUUCGCAGCUGCCUUCUUGGCAUUCAUUUUCAUCUUGGCAGCUGUGGACACUGCUGAGGCUGGGAAGAAAGAGAAGCCAGAGAAAAAGGUGAAAAAAUCUGACUGUGGAGAAUGGCAGUGGAGCGUGUGCGUCCCCACGAGUGGGGACUGUGGAUUGGGCACCCGCGAGGGCACUCGCACUGGCGCCGAGUGUAAGCAGACUAUGAAGACGCAGAGAUGUAAGAUCCCUUGCAACUGGAAGAAGCAGUUUGGAGCUGAGUGCAAAUACCAGUUCCAGGCCUGGGGAGAAUGUGACCUGAAUACCGCCCUGAAGACCAGAACUGGAAGUCUGAAAAGAGCUCUUCACAACGCCGACUGCCAGAAGACAGUCACCAUCUCCAAGCCCUGCGGCAAACUCACCAAGCCCAAGCCUCAAGCAGAAUCAAAGAAGAAGAAAAAGGAAGGCAAGAAGCAGGAGAAGAUGCUGGAUUAAAAGACGCCACGUUCCGUGGGCCAGGAAAAGAACAUCAGCAAACAGGAUUAGUUAACUAUUACAUUUAUACCUACCGUAGUCUUUUUAUUCAACAGUUAUCUGUAGCUUAAGUACACGAUAGGAAAAAAAAAAAAAAACAGAGAAAAGACUUUUUUUUUUUUGUAGUAGCGUUUUUAAAAAAAAAUGUAUGCCAUAGAACCACUAGGGGCUUAUAAUAAAGGACUGUAAUACUGUUUAGAAAGUUGAGCUGUAGUAUGUGAUAGGUGGUAGGCAAUUGAGGUAAGUUUUUUUUUGAUGUUCUAUGAUGUUUCACCUUUAAAUCUUUUUUCUUUAAUUUUUUUUACACCCCCCCCCUUGGGCAGCAAUUUAAAUGCUACAACCAUGUAAACUAGUUCUCUUGCUAGAUAGGUUUUCACCUAGACUUUUUUUUUCCCUGAUUGUGAAAAAUAUAUACUAAACAAAGCAGCAAUAAAAUAUAAUCAUUCUAUUGGAGAGAAAUACAUUGCUUUCUGCCAGUGGAAAUUUCUUUAAAAAUUAACAAAUUGAGAGGAGGAGAAAGGCAAAACAGUGAUGUCAUUCAUGGUGAUUUCUGUUUUUUAAAAAAGCAUUAAGACAUGGAAUUCUUUCACUUUGGCAGAAACAUUGGUUUUCUUGAUGAAAUUAUUUUUCCAUCUGAGGAAAGAGAAUCUAGGAAAAAUAAAUCAAAGUGAUACUGAAUAAAA